AUGAGCAAGAACGAUCCGCUACUGGCUAAUUUAAAUGCGUUCAAGAGUAAGGUGAAGCCUACACCACCUCCACCCGCGCGGAAGACCGGUGGGAGCGAGCAAAAGAAGCGGGAACUCAAAAAAGAAGAAAGCCCUGCACCGAAGAAAGCUAAGACGGUGAUCAAUAAUUCUGAAGGUAGUCUCACCGGCACACAUUUGUCUACCAAGCUUCUGUUGGCUACGGAAUACAUCCAGGAACGUGGAGAAGCUGUGCCUAUUGAGCAGAUCGAGUCAUAUUUGUCCCUGCCCGCAGAAAACAAUGUGAUUCCACUGUUGAAGAACAUCAACAAGAUCAAGUUCGACCCCAAAUAUAACACAUUACAAUAUGUUUCGAUCUAUGACGUACAUUCGGCCGAGGAGCUGUUGAAGUUGCUAAGGACGCAGGUUACAUUCAAGGGCAUUUCGUGCAAAGAGUUGAAGGACGGCUGGCCGCAAUGUAACGAGGUAAUCGACGAGCUGGAGUCCAAAAAUCGGGUUCUGGUAUUGCGUACGAAGAAGGACAAUCAGCCGAGGUUUGUGUGGUACAACUUUGGAGGAUCUUUGGGUGGUGUUGACGACGAUUUUGUCAAGAUGUGGGAGACGUGUAAGCUGCCGCAGCGCGGGGAGCUGCCACGGAAACUUACAGACCUGGGUCUCAAACCUGCCAGUGUGGAUCCAGCUACGGUCAAGAAGCAAUCCACGCGGGUUGAGGUCAAAAAGCGCAAGUCGCGUAAAGGGAAGAUCACCAACACUCACAUGGCAGGAAUUCUCAAGGACUACUCAGACCGGGUCUAG